GUAUUUGCGAGAGAAGAUACCUGCGUCUUUCCUCUGUACAAAGAGCCUCUCGUACAAUUUUUGCUUGAUGACAUGACCAGGUUUAAAGGAAGCAACUUAACAGAUAAGGAGGACCUACAAGGUCUUAUCGGCGGUAAUACGACUGAUAAGGAGAAUUACCUUAAUAACUUCAUUAUUGACGAGUACUUGAAACUCCUUGCAGCUGAAGCUUCUGCACAGGGUUUGAAAGCUGAGACAAUUGGAUGGGAGCCUUUUGAGAAGGCAGCUGGUCUGAAACCAGCCAGUAACAUUUUAAAGGGGAAGGCUCCACUGCUGGAACAAGACAUCGUCCUUGUACCUCUCAAUCCAGGACAAAGUGAACAUUGGUCGCUUUUAGUUGUUAAGCCCAAAGAAAGGGAAAUGUUUGUUCUCGACAGCCUAGCAGCAUCAUUUGUGAAGCCAUCCACAAAAAACGCAAUCGUGAAGAUGUGCGAUCUCCUACAAGAAAUUGAUCCUAAGCUAAAGCCCGAAGAAUGGAAUUUCUCUACAAACACACCACAGGACAUUCCGCAACAAUCAAAUUGUUAUGAUUGUGGCGUUUUUGUUUGUGCAUACGCUAGAUGCCUACUUUUGAAAUCGUCCCUGCCUGAUGACUUCACAAGCUUUCGAAAGCAUAUGGUUCUAGAGCUACAUGGCGGUAAAAUUCAAGGCUUUGACGAGUUACCUACACCGCAAGAGGAAACGUAUUAUGCAGUUGAAUAUCAGAAGUCGUUUUACAUUGGCCGUGUCCUUCAAAGAUCU